GAAGAAUUUAUGGAAAGCACCACAAGACACGCGGUUUUCAUUUGCCACCACCCACUCUCUCUUAAUAUCUCACACUCACGUGUCCAACAACCCUUGCACCUCUCUCCCUUGCACCUCUCUCCCUAUAAACUGCCUCUUAACCGCAAUACCAUUGCAUGCUGUAAACGCAACUGAUUUGAUCGAUGGCGGCAUUGAUACCGGCCGUGACACUGCUGACGGUGACGACGUUGGCGUGCCUAGUGUGUGGGGCUUCGACCGGGACAUUGGUCGGGUCGAAGACGGAGAUCACGGACGUGAAGAAGAACAAGGAGGUGCAGGACUUGGGGUAUUUCUCCGUGGAGGAGCACAAUCGGAGGCUGAGGCAGGCUCUAAAGGGAAUGGCGGAGGAGGCGAAGUUCGUGGAAGUGGUAGAAGCGCAGAAGCAGGUGGUGGCGGGGACAAAGUACUAUCUCAAGAUUUCGGCCACGCAGGGUGGGCGUUCCGUAAUGUUCGAUACCGUUGUGGUCGUCCAGCCUGGCCUUGCUUCCAAAGUUCUUCUCUCCUUUGCUCCUUCCUCGCAAAAAAUACCUUAGUCUAUCCUUAUUUAGUAAAUUUUGUUUUGAACUAUUUGUUUCGUUUUUUUUAGUUUUGUUAUUUAUUUUAACUCCACCACUCAGUUAAAAGUAAUGAAUGAUUUUAUGUUUCUAAGUUAGAUAAGUUUAGUAAUAAUUAAUGAGUUAAUACUA